AUGGCUUCCUUGGACGACCGCAUUUCCAAGCCGGACAAUGGCCAAAUUGAGGGCAAGGACAUCGGAUCUUCUACUGUGAACGCCAAGGCUGAGAAGGAGAUGAGCGACGUGUCCAAGGCCCAAACCGAUGGAGCGACCGGAUCAGCAGGCGGCUCUUCUGGCAUCUAUGAUCCGAGCUAUGAGGUCAACGUCAAGCUCAGCGACCUUCAAGCCAACCCUAAUGAUCCUCUCUACUCGAUCAAGUCCUUUGAAGAGCUUGGUUUGGAUGAAAAUAUUCUCAAAGGCAUCUAUCAGAUGCGUUUUACCAAGCCAUCUAAGAUUCAGGAGAAGGCUCUGCCUCUCUUGCUUCGCGAUCCUCCCACUAAUAUGAUCGGACAAUCCCAGUCUGGCACCGGAAAGACAGCAGCUUUUGUUCUCAACAUGCUAUCACGCCUCGACUACUCUCCUACUAUGGUCAACACCCCUCAAGCUCUUGUACUUGCGCCAAGCCGCGAAUUGGCCCGUCAGAUCCUUGGAGUCAUCCAGGUCAUGGGAUCCUUCGUCGAGGGUCUGACCGCUGGUGUCGCUAUCCCAAUGGAGGUCGCAAACCGCAAUAGAGAUGGCCUCAAGGUUCAGAUCGUUGUUGGCACUCCUGGAACUACUAUGGACAUGAUCAAACGCCGCCAGCUGAUGGCUGAUAAGAUCAAAGUUCUUGUGCUUGACGAGGCCGACAACAUGUUGGAUCAACAAGGUCUUGGAGAUCAAUGCAUUCGGGUCAAGCAACUGCUACCAAAGACUGUUCAGGUCGUUCUGUUCUCGGCCACCUUUCCCAACCAUGUCGUCGAGUACGCCAGCAGAUUCGCUCCAAAUGCGAAUCAAAUCACCUUAAAGCAUGAGGAACUUACGGUCGAGGGCAUCAAGCAGCUGUAUCUUGAUUGUCCUACGGAGCUAGAUAAGUUUGACGCAUUGGUCCGUUUGUAUGGUCUCAUGACCAUCGGAUCGUCCAUAAUAUUCGUGAGGACUCGCCACACUGCCCUGGAAAUUGAGAGACGUAUGAACGCAGAGAACCACACUGUUGCCUGCUUGACCGGAGAGUACCUAGGAGCUCAGCGUGACAUUAUCAUCGACUCAUUCCGUAGCGGCCAUUCCAAGGUCCUCAUCACCACCAACGUCCUAUCUCGCGGUAUCGAUGUUCAAACCGUCUCUCUCGUGGUUAAUUAUGAUCUCCCAGACGACGGUCACGGCAACACCGACCCUCAGACUUACCUUCAUCGUAUCGGUCGUACCGGCCGCUUUGGACGUGUCGGUGUCUCAAUCAGCCUCAUCUGCGGCCAACGGAGCUAUAGAAUGCUCAAGGAGAUUUCUGACUACUUCGGCGUGGAGAUGAAAUCUCUUCCCCACAACGACUGGGACCAAGUCGAAGAGAUUAUCAAGAAGGUCAUCAAGAGCUCUCGCGCCGGAUCGAAUUUCCAGGCCACCAACGCCGCGACGGCUGGCCCAGCGAAUGGCACGAACGAUGUUAGCAUGGAACCGUCCGGCAGUAGUUGGAUGUGA